AUGGCUGCAAAGCGAUCAGUGUCCGUCCUGGGCUUGGGGGAUAUGGGCGCGGCCCUUGCUCGAGUUCUGGUUGAAAAUGGCUGGAAGACAACCGUCUGGAAUCGAACUCCAGCUAAAGCCCAGCCGCUUGUCACCGCUGGAGCAACUGCGGCUCCAUCAGCAAACGAGUGCGUCCGUGGAAGCGAGCUGGUCAUUGCCUGCUUGGCUAGCCCGAAAGCCCUGUACGAGGUCUUGGAGAGCGUGCGCCAAGAAUCGGCUUUCGGCCGGAUUUUCGUGGACUAUACCUCUGGGACUCCCUCUGAAAUCGAGCAAUCUUUACACCUUACAUUAAGCUUAUCAUUUUCGGCUUACAUUCGUGGUGCCAUCAUCACAACACCAGCGUUUGUCGGAUUCCCGGAGUCGGUCUUCUAUUAUAGCGGUGAUGAGAGAACAUACCGCUCGAUCGAGUCCGACUUGGUGGUCUUGGGCACGCCGAUAUACCUCGGGGCUAAUGUAAAUGCAUCUACGCUACAGGAAGUCAUGAUGGGCGGUUGUUUCUAUGGACUUUCGACCGGCUUUUUACACACUAUGGCAACACUGAAAGCCUCAAAGCUCUACACUCCUGGAGCAGCGCAACGCUUGAUGGCUGAGCUUAUUGUUCCAUUGCUUACCCAAGAGAUGCCCAGAGUCUUUUCGGAUCUAGCCCGGCAGAUCGACGAGAAAGAUUAUGUUUCAAAAGGCGCCGGCGUUCGACUCGAUCAAUUGAUCAAAGCCGUGGAGGGGAUGAUCCGUACGAGCACGGAGUUAGGCUUGUCGAGCAUUGUACUUGGCCCAAUGCAGAAAUUGUUGGAGGUGAGGCUGGCACAAGGUGGCGCGGCUGAAGAGAUGAGCAGCUUGGUGGAAGUCAUUGCCGAUCCAGCCACAAUCAAAUAG